AUGGGGCUUCGGGCGACCACCAACACCACAACCGUGGAACAGGUGGAGUCCCUGGUGCUUGAGGUUGCGAGGGAUGUUGCGGGUGCUGUUGGAGUACAGGAGCCGCUGAUGGAGGCUGGAAUGGAUUCGCUUGCGGCUGUUGAAUUCCGGAAUCGUUUGUCCAACGAGCUCCAGGGAGUCAAGUUGCCAAACACGUUGAUCUUUGACUACCCCACGGUCGCUGCGAUUAGUAAUUUUGCUAUGGCCCAACUGGGUCCUCCAGCCGAUGCAAUGCUGGAGACUGCCGGAAAGUCGUUGCACUCUGGUUCGUCUGCUUCAGUUCAAGGAGCGGCAGCCACUUUGCCGGGCCGCCGUGACGACGGCUUUUGGGAGGACUUGUUGCAAAAGAAAGAUUCCGUCAUUGAGGUCCCAUUUGCGCGAUGGGAGCAUGACGUUUACUACAGCUCAGACACAGAAGCUCCUGGAAAGACGUAUGCCCGCCAUGGUGGCUUCAUCGAAGGUGCCGAGUUGUUCGAUCCCUUUGUUUUCGCCCUCUCGACGGCAGAAGCUGCAGCCAUAGACCCUCAGCAACGCCUCUUGCUCGAGGCAGCACAGACGGCCUUCCAGUCUUCCGGACGUGAUCCCGAGCAGCUCAUGGAUUCCUGCGUUGGGGUCUUCGUGGGCCAAUGCCAAUAUGACUGGUUCGUGAUGAUUUCAGCCGGAGACCAGUUCAACCCCUACACUGGCACUGGUAUGUCAGCUUCAAUCAGUGCAAACCGCGUUUCGUACGUUUUUGGACUGAAGGGACUGAGUCUGACAUGCGACACUGCCUGUUCCUCUUCCUUGGUUGCUGCCGAUGCAGCGCUGUCUUCUCUACAUCGCAGAACUGCAGAGGGCGCAUUAGCUGCAGGAACAAAUCUCAUUCUUGGCCCUGCUCCUUACAUUGCCUUUAGCCAGGCGAAGAUGCUUUCGAAGGAUGGCCGCUGCUUCACCUUUGACAAGUCGGCAAAUGGGUUUGCCCGCGGAGAAGGUGUUGGAUGCAUUUUCUUGAGUAUGGCAGAUGAGGAGACUAGCAAGGGGCCAGAGGGGCCCUGUGCAGCCAGAGCCUUGAUCCGGGGCACCGCGGUUAACCAGGACGGACGUUCUGCGUCACUGACAGCGCCCAACGGCCCAUGCCAGCAGGUAGCUGUGCGAGGUGCACUUUCGGAGGCUUCGGCCAGACCCAGUGAGGUGCUUCUAGUGGAAUGCCAUGGCACCGGCACUGCCCUUGGGGAUCCUAUUGAAGUUGAUGCUCUUAAGACUGUGCUGGGCAACGAUUCCGUUGUCGCCCUUGGGGCCGCCAAGACCAACAUUGCGCACCUGGAAGGUUCUGCAGGUAUUGCUGGUCUACUCAAAAGCGUCCACAUGUUGGAGACGAAGCAGGUUCCAUCUAAUCUACACUUCCAAAGCUUGAACCCCCAUAUCGACCUGGAGGACUUCCAGGCUCAGAUUCCUUUCGAGCUUUACCGCCUGCCUGGGGGAACUGUUGUCUCAGGCCUCUCCUCGUUUGGAUUUGGUGGCACAAACGCGCACGUUACCUGUUGCAGCAGCACGGGGCGAGACAGUGAUCGCACAGCCAGUGCCAUCACAUACAGGCAUGCCUCCUUCCCGUGGCGCAAGACCUCCUACCGUUGCCUGCGACGGAAGAUCGAAGAAGGUGGUGCCGUUCAAUAUGAGUGUGCCAUCAAUGCAGACCUCUUCAAGGUUUGUGCGGAGCACGUGGUUUUCAAUCAGAUCGUCGUACCAGGAGUGGUUUAUGUGGAGCAUGCAAUGGAGGCAGUGAAGACAAUCAUCGGCACUGACGGAUAUUUAGAGGAUCUUGCCAUGACCUGGCCCCUCAUUAUUCCAAAGCAUACAGAUGUGCCAACGGCAGCUGCAGUCUUCCUGCGCUUUUGUCAGAUGGGUGACAAGUUCGAGAUGCGCAGUUUUCGCGGAGACAGCGCAGAGAUGAUGACCCAUUGUGAAGGGCGACUUGGCCGUGGCCUGGCAGAGCCAAGAAGACUUGACUUGGAGGAGCUUCGGUUCAGGUGCACGGAAGAGAUUGACCCGAAGGACAUGUACGAAGCUAUCCAGAAAGCUGGUCUCUGGCUCGGGCCCCGCUUUCAGGUUUGCAAAGACAUACGAAGAGUGCCGUUCGGACCAUCAUGGGAAGGUGGUGACCAACACUUGCUUUGCCGUUUGGAGAACUCACCAGAGUCACAGCCGAAUUUGGGGUUCAUCGUGUAUCCGGCCACACUUGACGGUACCAUCCAUGCUCUCGGAGCCACGAUGAUCGGUUCGGAUGCGCCUCUGAAGAUCUUCUCAGGCAUGGGUCGAGUGCAGGCGCACGUGCACCGAGACUUCUCCAGAGAUGAGCAAUACUUCGUGCAUUUGGAUCUCAAAACAUCCUCCGAGCAGGAGCAGGUUUUUGACUCCACCGUGGCUGCAAGUGACGGAGAAGUCCUGCUCAAGGGCACCGAUGUGGCCUUUCGAAAGGUCACACGAGCACAGAUCAAGAAGGCCAUGGAGAGCCAACUGGCAGAUGACGACCAGAAGAUAUACGAGGUGCACUGGACUGAGCUCCCCAAUGUUACACCCACGGCACCGGACAAGGAUGGGGACCACGGCAGAUGCCUGGUUCUUGCAGCGGGCGCUUCCCAGGAAGGGGUCAUCCUCUCCCAGCUUCCUGGGGCGCAGUUUUCUGAAAUUUCAGAUGAAGCUCUGGAAGCCCUGGAAGAGAGUGACAUGUCUGACCUGACCCGAAUCAUCAGUGCCGUCGGCCUGUCCAACGAAGAUGCCAACAAUGGUCUCUGCCACGCCCUUCGCCUCAUGAAGGCCUUGAUCAAGAUGCCUCCUGGCUCUCCAUCACCCGAGUUGUGGUUCCUGACUUGUCGAGCCAUUGCCACGCAACGGAACGACAUCAACGACGUUCCCGUCCACGCUGGCAUUUGGGGUUUGUCACGUGCUUUGCGAGCAGAGCGGCCGGACCUGAAAGUCAAUUGCUUGGAUGUCGCAGCUCCAGACCAACUCUUCCAGGUGACAAGCGCUCUGCUCGCUUCUCCUGGUGUGGAGUCAGAGAUGGUGUCGAGACAGGGCGCGGAGGGUUUGCAGCUGUGGGGCCCUCGUCUGGUGAAUGCUGGCACUCCAGAGCAGCAAGCCGUGGCAUUCGAGGCCGGUAGCUGUCAUCUACUCAGUGGCGGAACAGGCAGUCUUGGGGUGCUCUUCGCCGGGUGGCUUGCCGAACGUGGAGUGCAGCACCUUGCCAUGAUGUCCCGCUCCGGACGCAUCCAGGAUGCUUCGCUGUUGAAGCUGCUGGACAAAGCUUCCAGCCUAUCGCAAGUGCAGCUCCUCAAGGGGGACAUCGGCAGUCAAGAGGAUGUAAGUCAAGUUAUGCAGCAAGCGGAGAAGACAAUGGCAGCCAUCAAGGGUGUCUGGCAUGCUGCAGGCAUUUUGGAUGACCAUCUCAUCUCUGACUUGACCGCGGAGAGUUUGGAGAGGGUUCUGCUUCCCAAGAUCGCGGGCACCUUGAACCUGCACAAUUGCACCAGCAAGGGGGAGAGGGAGACGCAGCUGAGCCACUUUGUGCUUUUCUCCUCGGUUGCUGCCUUGCUCGGUGCGGUCGGCCAGGGCAACUACUGCGCUGCAAAUGCUUUCAUGGACUCCUUCGCUGCCUAUCGCAUUGGGCGGAACCAGCCGGCCAUUUCGGUGCAGUGGGGUCCCUGGGACGAGAUCGGCAUGGCAGCUCGUGCUGGUACCUCCGAGAACGUGGUGCAUCGAGUUGGCUUGGACGAAGGCUUGCACGCCAUGGAAAGCAUUCUGGGGACAAAGCUGGACCGUUCGAGUGUGGUGGCAGUGGCUCGCGUCAACUGGCGCUCCUUCUUGUCCCGUUUGCCGGAAGUUCCGAGCUUUCUGGACAACUUCCGGUACGCUGCCAAGGAUGUAACGGGCGGCAAGUUGCUGGUCAAAGGUUCAGCACCUUCGCCCGACCUGGUUCGUACGGGUAUCGAGAAUGUGCUCAAGGAGGUGUUAGGAGAAGACAUCGAUAACUUCUCCGUUCCACUGAUGGACAUGGGCCUGGAUUCUCUUGCAGCAGUUGAAUUCCGCAACCGCAUCCAAUGUUGCUUCGAAGGAGUGCGAUUGAGUUCUACGGUGAUGUUUGAUUAUCCCACCGUGGCCGAUCUGACUGACUUCAUUCUUUCACAGUUCGCACCAGACGACGACAGUGCCAAUGUAGAUGUGAAAGGGCUUGAGGCGAUUCUUCGGGAGCCCUUGCGCCUCAUUGGAAUCGCAGGGAGAUAUCCAGGCAUGGCAGCUGGCAACGACAUCUCCGACUUCUGGGCUUUCCUUUGCAGUGGGCAGGAUCCGAUUUCACGGAUUCCCAUCGAGCGGUUCGAUGCAGCUGAGUUCUACGAUGAGGACCGGUCUGCUCCAGGGCAUGUAUACGUCCGCCAAGGCGGAUUCAUCAAUGAUGUGGACUUGUUUGAUGCAGCCUUCUUCGGCAUUGCAAAGCCGGAAGCACGAUCGAUGGACACACACCAUCGACUGCAAAUGGAGAUCGUCUUCGAGAGCUUCUAUAACUCGGGCUUCACCAAAGAGACGCUUGUGAAUUUGGAAUGCGGAGUGUUCAUAGGCUGCUGCAGCCUUGCAUUCGCGCACGUCGUUCAUUCCGGAGAGGUCGAUGACAUUGGACCCUUUACCAACAUCGGUUCUAGCUUGUCCGGGAUGGCUGGCCGUGUUUCACAUGCGCUUGCCCUUCGAGGCCCUUGCUUUACUGUCGACACUGCUUGCUCCUCAACUCUGGUGGCCUCGGACUGUGCAAUGCAGGCCUUUCAUCUCGGUCGCCAGGUGUUGGCCUGCGUGGCGGGGACCAACUUGCAGCUACGGCAGGGCAUCUCGUCCUGGAUCGGUUUCUGCAAGAUGGGGGCACUCUCUGGCGAUGGUCGGUGCAAGACAUUCGAUGCGAGCGCUGAUGGUUUCGGCCGCUCGGAGGGUUCCGGAUCCUUGAUUUUGAGCCCCAAAUCCGAGGGUACCCUCGCGCACAUGAUGGGAAGCUGCGUGAACCAGGAUGGUCGCAGUGCUACCAUCACGGCCCCCAGCGGACCCGCUCAGCAGCGUGCGCUCAAGAAUUCCCUGCGCGACUCAGACCUCACGCCUUUGCAGGUGUCGCUGAUAGAGUGCCAUGGAACAGGAACUGCCUUGGGAGAUCCCAUCGAGAUCGGUGCUUUGAAGAAUGUCUACGGCAGGGAUCGGCUGGAGAGCGCCCAGCUCAUUCUUGCUGCCGUCAAGUCCGUGACUGCUCAUCCGGAGGGUGCCGCAGGCAUUGUCGGACUCGCAAAGUUGGUGAAGAUGAUGCAGCACGGGCAGGUACCAGCCAAUCUGCACUUACAUCAGCUGAACCCUAACAUAGACCUCUCCGAGUUUGAGUGCAAGAUGCCAGAUGGCCUUCUGGACUGGAGCCCGGGCACGCGCUUGUCUGGCAUCAGUUCCUUCGCGUUCUCUGGCACCAACUGCCACAUGAACAUGCAGGAGGCGACUAAAGACGAGAUGAACGCAAUGAUGUCUGCCGCAGAAGCUCGGACUCCGUUGAUCUGGUCCCGCAGCAUGAUGUCGCGCAAGGACCCUGUGGCCUUUGAUCGCCGCAGCUUCAGCUGGGCCCGCACGAAGCACCCGCUUGUGAGUGCUCCUCGCCAAGGCUCCGAGCCUGGCAUUGCGGUCUUUGCAGCGCCUAUACAGGGCAAAGUUUUGAAGCUGCUGUCGCAUCACCGUGUGCACGGCGAGAUCGUUGUGGCAGGCGCAACGUACGUGGAGAUGGUGAUCGCGGCAUGUGCGUCCGGCCAGCCUGGCCGGGACAAGAAAAGCUUCGUAUUGGAAGAAUUUCUCUUCCUGAAGCCUAUGAUUCUGAGACUCGGCGAUGAUGACGAGGAUCCUGAGAACAGUGGAAUGGAUCUUUACUUGCAGAUGCAGGAGAGCGCUGGUUGGUGGUCCAUCAGCAGCGUAGAAACUGGAUCUUCAAUGAUCGUUGGCGUACAUGCCCAAGGCUCUCUGAGCCUGAGCCACCAGGGCUCCAGCAGCGUCAAGCAGCCGCUCGAAGAGAUCCGCUCGCGUUCAGAACAAGUUGAUGCUUCCGGACUCUACGUGUUUGCUGCUAAUCUCGGGCUGGAGUACCGAGAGCGCUUCCAAACAGUGCGCAGCAUCGCUCGAUCGCAGGAUGAAGUCCUUGCCUGGGUGGCAGCCCAUGAAGACGGCACGAGCGCUGGCUUCGCCUUCGGCCCUUCUGUUAUUGACGGCGCUUUCCAAGCUGCCAGCGCCUUCCCUGGCGUGGAGGAGCAAGAGUUUCCAAUGGUCCCUUUUGCCGCCAACCGCGUGCAGAUCUUUGGCCAAGGCUUUUCGCACCAGGCGUGGGUGCACAAUGUUCUGCUGAAGCGCACCGAAGCGGAAUUGGAGCUUCAGUUGCACAUGGCGCGGGAUGACUCCACCGGCUUGCUUGCUAUGGAUCGCAUGCGGUUUCGCCAAGUGCGGCCUGAGCAACUUGCAAAGAUGCUCGAGCAAGGUGUGGAGGACGUCGAGGACAUCUUGACAGUCGAGUGGGCGGUGGCAGAAGGAUCCCCAGGAAAGGCAGUCGGUGCCACUGGCAGCGGUGUCGCAUUUGUGGGUGCUGCAGAUAAGCUGAGCAGUUCCUUGAAGAACAUGCUGCCUGAGGCCAGUUUCCUUGACACAGCUGCGGACUCGACGUUUGAAGGGAUUGAGGUUGCGGUGCUACUCUUGGCAUUGCAGGACACGGAUGAAAUGCGGGUGUUGUUCGAUGCAGUGCUUUUGGUGCAGGCAGCCAUGGCGCUCGCCGCCAAGGGCCAUCAUGUGCCCAAGAUCGCUUACUUCACCUUCGGAACGCAGGAUGCGCCUAACCGUGGAGCCGGGAGCAACUUGCACGCUGGCUUGUGGGGUUUGGCGCGCACCGCGCGACUGGAAGAUGCGUCUAUCAGCAUGUACUGCUUUGACCUGGAUGUGCUGGAUCCAGACGACCCAGAUGCUACGGCGCAGGUCAUCUUGGAACAGCUUGGCAGCGUUGGUGGAGUCGAGACCGAACUAGCUCUCAGUGGAGGUCCCUACGUGCCCCGGCUCUGCCGCUGCCCAGUGCAGCUACAGAAGCCGAUGCGUCUGGAGAUGAAGUCGCGAGGGAGCCUGUCCAACCUUCGUGAGGUCCCCCUUCAGCGUGCGUCGCCGGAAGGAGAUCAAGUGGAACUGCGCGUCCGUGCGGUUGGCCUCAACUUCUGGGACGUGCUGAACGUCAUGGAUUUGUAUCCCGGCGACCCGGGCAACCCAGGUGGUGAUUGUGCCGGUACCGUUUGUGGAGUCGGAGAGCGAGAGACACGGCUUCGUCCCGGGCGAGAUGUCUUUGGCAUCGCCCCAGGCUGCCUGCAAGCUUUCGCUUGCACGGAGGGCUUGCUUAUGGUUCCGAAGCCGAAGCGAUGGUCCUUCGAGCAGAUGGUGGCAUGGCCAGUUACUUUCGCAACUGCUGAGGAAGCCUUCGUUGAGCUGGCGCCCUUGAAGCUUGGUGAGAGGGUGCUGAUCCAUGCAGCUACUGGAGGAGUGGGGCUUGUGGCCGUGCAGCUUGCACAGCGCAUGGGCGCGACGAUCUUCGCCACUGCUGGGAGCCCUGAGAAGGUGCAGUACCUGCGGGAUCGUGGCGUGAAGUACAUCACCAGCAGCCGCGAUGCCCAGCGAUUCGAGGAGGAUAUGAAGACCUUCCUGCAAAAGGACGGUGCCGAGGAUGGCGUGGAUGUAGUUCUGAACAGUCUGAGUCACGAAGGCUUCAUCCCCAAGUCCCUCGCCUUUCUUUCGAAGGGUGGGCGCUUCAUGGAGAUUGGCAAGAGAGGUGUCUGGAGCCACGAACGCAUGCGCCUUGAGCGGCCGGACGUUCAGUACGAGAAGAUCGCCAUGGACUGGGUAAUGGAGUACCAGCCCGAACGCUUCAAUCUGCUCCUGACACGUCUCGUUGGCCAGGUCGAGGAGGGUCUGUGGGAGCAGGUGCCGCUGACUCUCUACGAAGGCCUUGGCUCCGGAGUUGAGGCGCUGCGGUACAUGCAGCGCGCGCAGCACAUCGGCAAGGUUGUGCUGACGCAGCCGUCGCGCAUGGGCUGCCGCGCAGAUGGCACGUACCUUCUGAGUGGAGGCCUUGGUGCCCUAGGCUUGGUCACUUCUGAGAUGAUGGCGGAAGAAGGUGCCAAGUCUAUGGUGCUGCUCUCCCGCCGGGGAGUCGUUAACCAUGACUUGAGAGAGGCUUGGAAGAGGCUAGAGAGCUUUGACAUUGAGAUCCUGAUCAAGGCCUGCGACGUGGCCCACCGCGACGAGGUGGAGGGGCUGGUGGCGACUUUGAAAAGCUCAGUGGAGACAACUCACGCGGUUCGAGGGUUCAUUCACUUAGCUGCCAUCCUUGACGACGCCACUUUCCCUAAUCUCACCUUUGCGCAUUUGGCGCGGUCCUAUGGAGCAAAGGUUUGGGGUGCCCGACACUUGCACUCCUGCCUGGCUGAGACCUCCGUUGCGAUUCUGGACUUCGCGGUGCUUUUCUCAUCAGUUUCCGCCCUCUUGGGCUCGCCUGGCCAGGGCAACUACUCAGCCGCUAAUGCUGCCCUGGACGCUCACGCGCACUGCUGGAAGGCCUUGGGCGAGCGCGUGGUGUCCGUGCAGUGGGGUCCGUGGCGUGAAGCAGGCAUGGCCACAGAGACGGGUGCCACUGCACGCCUGAAGGCAAAGGGGCUAGGCAGCAUUGGGAACGAGGUUGGAAUGGCGGCCCUUGCAGCAUGUCUGCAUGCUUCAAACAGUGUGGUGGCAGCAUGCCCCUUCUACUGGCAGCAAUACCUCAAGCAGUUUGGCAAGUCGGCGCCGCCAUUCUACUCCGGUUUCUCACAUGUUGCCACAAGCGGUGGCUCGAUGCCACAUGGACUCGGCGUCGGAAGCGAGGUGGCUGACAUUUCCAUGGAUGCAGCUCAGGUGGAAUCGCUGGUGCUGCAGAUCGCGAGUGACGUCACAGGCACUGCUCUUGGAGUGCAGGAUCAGCUGCUGGAUGCCGGGAUGGAUUCACUUUCGGCUGUGGAAUUCCGGAACCGGCUGCACAUACAUGCUCCCGGAGUGCAAAUUCCCAGCACGCUGGUCUUCGAUCACCCAACUCCUGCAGCAAUCGGCUUGUUUGUUGCCUCCCAACUGAGCAACGUUGGGAGCAGCCACAUCGAAGAGGAGAAGAUCGAAACGCCUGUCCCAAGCAAUGUCGACGAGAACGACGUGGAUGUGCAGGCUCCACCGAGCUCGGAAGCAACCACUCCGCAAAAUGCAGAGGUCCUCCUCGAAGUCCAGUGGGUAGACUUGGACAUCCCGCUGAACAUGGCUAAUGCUGAGGUCCCGACCAUUGGUCCAAUGAUGUUCGUUGGUCUUCGCGACGAAAUGCAGCCAGACCUCAAGUGCAAGUUCCCAGAGUCUGUUUAUGUCGGCAAAGCUGAGGCUUUGCAGGAGAUUCUGGAAAACAAGCUGGAGGAGGGCGUUUUCAAAGCCGUGGUCCACGUCGCCGCUCUUGAGCAGUGCAGCGAGCUCGAUGCUCUGGAGUCUGCUUUGCUUCUGGCAAAGGUUGCUAUGCAGCGAGCAGCUUCCAAUCUCAGCAUUCCGCCAGUUUGGUGGGUGACAAGCGGCACGCAGGAGGCUACCAUCCCCAACUGCUGGCACUCAGGCCUUUGGGGUCUCGCGAGGACUGUCCGUGUGGAGGAGCCGUCAUUGCAGCUCCGGUGCCUAGACCUGGACGGCUUUGCACCCGGGUCUUUGGCAAGUGACCUCAAGUAUUGGCUCUCGAUUCUGGGAGAAAACAGGGACGAGACGGAAGUCUCAAUCGUCAACCCGCCCGAAGCCGACACGAGCUGUGCCCAUCCACGGGCUGUUGUACCACGGCUCGUCCGCAGCGCCGCCAAGACUCCCGAGCCGAUGCAAGCCUCCGUGUCCUUUCGGAAUGGUACUUUCCUGCAGCAGCUGAAAGUCCAGGACUCGCGAUGCACCCUCCAGCCGACUGACGCAGAAAUACGAAUCCGCGCAGUUGGCCUCGGCAUACAUGAUCUCAUGGCCAUAAAAGGUCUGCAUGAGGGUGACGCGAGACCUAUCGGACUAGAUUGCGCCGGUACGGUUUUGGCAACAGGCGGUGUUGUUUCACACAUUCGCCGCGCCGAAGACGUAUUUGGCGCUUCGCCGGGUUGCUUCAAAGCCUACAACUCGGGUCCCGCAACGUUGUUGAUCCCCAAGCCACGACAUUUGUCAUUUGCACAAGCAUGUUGCCUGCCAUCUAAUUUCGUUGCCGUAGAGAAAGCUUUCGACGACGCAAAUUUGCAGCCUGGCGAGCAUGUACUUGUACACGCCGCUUCUGGUGGAACUGGCCUCAUGGCCAUCCAGUGCGCGCAGUACGUUGGAGCUCAGGUCUACGCCACAGUUAACUCGGAAGAUCAGCACAACUUCCUCGGUCGCAUCGGAAUACAGUUCAUCACGAGCAGCCAGAACGGUCCCAAGUUUUCCGAAGACAUCAAGGUCUUCCUCACCGAAGCGGGCUCCGACGGCAUUGAUGUUGUGAUGAACUGCUUGCGUCACGACGACUACCUUUCCCGGUCCCUUGCUCUUCUGCGGAAGGGCGGGCGAUUUGUUGACAUUGGUACAAGUGGUACAGGGAAUCGUCAGCAGAUCCUCCAAGCCAGGCCAGAUGUUCACUACCACCAAGUGGACAUGUACACCAUGAUGUCGAAGGAGCCAUGGCAUUACAAUGCCUACAUGCAGCGCCUCAUCAGCCGGAUUGAGCAAGGUGCUGUGAACCCUAUGCACAUGCAGGUCUUCUGCAAUUUGCAAUCACUUGCAAAGGCAAUGCAAUGCCUGGAGAGGUCCCAAAGCAUCGGACAAGUCGUCAUGACUCAGCCAAGUGCGCUCAGUCUAAAGCCACAGUCCGACUAUGUCUUAAGCGGUGCCAUGGGAGCGCACACACUUGCAAUGGCGCAGUACCUGAUGGAGGAGGGUGCAAAGUCAAUCACCUUGGUGUCAAAGAGCGGCCGGCCCUCCGCCAGCGUCGUCGAGCUGUGGGAAUCCUUGCAGGAUUCGAGUGUGCAGCUUCACGCCAUCUCUUGUGACAUCGCCAUGAUGGAUGAUGUGCAUGCUUUGGGCUGUCAGCUCCGUUCCAGGGAAACAGAGAUGGCAGGCCUCUUCCACUUUGCCGAGACUAUCAACGAUGCGGUCGUGCCCAACGUUGUUCGGGACCACUUGGAGCGGUCCUUUUCGACGACAGUGUGGGGGGCCAGGCAUUUGAACUUCUUGCGCCACGCGGGUGCAACAACGUGGGACUUCUCCAUGCUUGUCUCAUGCGCCUCAUCUUUGCUGAUUGCUGCAGGACAGGCAAGCAAUGCCACAACCUGUGCAGCAUUGGAUGGUCAAGCCAGGUACUGGAAGAAGGCCCGUGGAGAGCGAGUUAUAUCCGUGCAGUGGAGUUCAUGGAAAGAUGAUGUCGGCAUGGUCGACAUGUGUGUUCAUCCUACAUCCAAAGGCAAUGUAGCCGUUCAGUUGGGCAUGGCAGCUAUGGCUGGAUGUUUGCAAUCAUUGCAGAUACCGGGGCCAGUGACAAUGGUAGUAGGGCCACUGCCAUGGACCACAUAUCUCAAGCGGAGAUAG